CUUUUCUCUCUCUCUCUUCUCCUCCCCCCCCCCAAUUGCUGAGUGUCUGAAAGCCGUUGGCUGCUCUGAACCGUUUUGGCUCCUUCCCUUAGUAACAGCUUUAACAUUCUGCCUCAAUUCCUCUUCAAUCUAAAUCACACACACACUCACACUCACAUACAGAAACACACAUACACACACACAGAGAGAGACACAGAGAUUACUUUUUUUUUAUUACCUCCGCCUUCCUUGGGACUCAAUCCAUAAUCUUUUCCCCUCCCCCACACAUCAACCUCUCCACCGACCCUCCCCCCCUUUUUUUUUAAAAAAAUCAACACCCUUCUCCACACUCAGCUCACCCACCCAAGCCUUUGGGAAUAUAAUUGAAUACAUUGAAUUCUUGGUGGCUGUUUUUUUUUGGUGAUCUUUUCUUCCCCCCUCCCCCCCUACCGCUUGGCUUUUAUUUUUAAUUCUCCCCCCCUAAUUUUUUUUUGGGGGGGAGGGCAGCACCGCCAUUGCGAAUCCUCCGUAUAGGAUCGACCUAAGACAAGAAAAGGAGGAAGCUUGCCUGAGGUAGACCUCUCGAUGCUUUUCUUCCCCUCCCCCCUCUUUUGCCUUCAUUGCAAAAGGAGGGGGCGAGAUUACACCGUGCCGUCCGUUGCAAAGGACCAUCUUCCUGUGACUGGAGGCUCCUAACAGGAAACCUUCCACCCAUCAAUGCACUGCCAAUGGGUUAUAUCCUUCGUUGUGACCUCAUGGUUUAAGCGGGCAUAAAGAUGAGUAUAAGCAGUGAUGAGGUUAACUUCCUCGUAUAUAGAUAUUUGCAAGAGUCCGGGUUUUCUCAUUCAGCAUUUACCUUUGGUAUCGAGAGCCAUAUCAGCCAGUCUAACAUCAACGGUGCUCUGGUGCCCCCAGCUGCUUUGAUUUCCAUCAUUCAGAAAGGCUUGCAGUAUGUAGAGGCAGAAGUCAGUAUUAAUGAGGAUGGUACUUUGUUCGACGGUAGGCCGAUAGAGUCUCUCUCGCUGAUAGACGCCGUAAUGCCAGAUGUAGUACAGACAAGACAGCAGGCUUACCGGGACAAGCUUGCCCAGCAACAGGCCGCAGCUGCAGUGGCUGCAGCUCCCACGAACCAACAGGGGUCUGCAAAGAAUGGGGAAAAUACCGCAAAUGGAGAAGAAAACGGAGCCCACACUAUAGCAAAUAACCAUACAGAUAUGAUGGAAGUGGAUGGCGAUGUUGAAAUCCCUCCAAACAAAGCAGUGGUGCUACGCGGUCAUGAAUCUGAGGUAUUCAUCUGCGCCUGGAAUCCUGUUAGUGACCUUCUGGCCUCUGGUUCAGGAGAUUCAACAGCAAGAAUAUGGAACCUUAGUGAAAACAGUACCAGUGGAUCCACGCAGCUGGUCCUUCGGCAUUGUAUACGAGAAGGAGGCCAGGAUGUACCGAGCAACAAAGACGUGACUUCUCUUGAUUGGAAUAGUGAAGGGACACUUCUAGCAACGGGCUCCUAUGAUGGAUUUGCAAGGAUAUGGACUAAAGAUGGUAAUCUUGCCAGCACGUUAGGGCAACAUAAAGGUCCCAUAUUUGCAUUAAAAUGGAAUAAGAAAGGCAACUUCAUUUUAAGUGCAGGUGUGGACAAGACCACAAUUAUCUGGGAUGCACAUACUGGAGAAGCCAAACAACAGUUUCCUUUCCAUUCUGCACCAGCGCUAGACGUUGACUGGCAGAGCAACAACACAUUCGCCUCCUGUAGCACAGAUAUGUGUAUUCAUGUCUGUAAAUUAGGCCAAGAUAAGCCCAUCAAAACCUUCCAGGGCCAUACAAAUGAAGUUAAUGCAAUCAAAUGGGACCCCACUGGUAAUCUACUGGCAUCGUGUUCUGAUGACAUGACUUUAAAGAUCUGGAGUAUGAAACAAGAUAGUUGUGUCCACGAUCUACAAGCACACAACAAGGAAAUUUACACUAUCAAAUGGAGUCCGACAGGGCCAGGAACAAACAACCCAAACGCCAAUCUUAUGUUAGCAAGUGCGUCCUUUGACUCUACGGUUAGGUUAUGGGAUGUAGACAGAGGAAUCUGCAUCCACACUCUGACAAAGCAUCAAGAACCUGUGUACAGUGUAGCUUUCAGUCCUGAUGGCAGAUACCUGGCCAGUGGCUCUUUUGACAAAUGUGUACACAUCUGGAAUACACAGACGGGUGCUCUAGUGCAUAGUUACCGGGGAACAGGAGGAAUUUUUGAAGUUUGCUGGAAUGCAGCAGGAGACAAAGUUGGAGCAAGUGCUUCAGAUGGUUCAGUUUGUGUAUUAGACCUACGGAAAUAGCGCUACUAGGUGGAAGCCAUGGACCGACUAUGAAUGUGUACAUAGCCAAAAUGACUGUCCCCUUAACCCAUGUACUGCUAUAGUCCCAAUUGAACCAUGGCCAGUCCACUACAGCCAAACCUGAAAGAAUUAUAUACAUAUACUGAAUAUUAAAAGAAAAAAAAGCAAAGCAAACGAUUACACCCCCGAAGAAGAUGACAGAGUUUUGUUACAGCUUAUGAAGCCUGCUCACCAAAUGCUGGAAUCUGCUGUGCCCCCACUCAGACAAAUAACAUGUAAGCAUUUUGGAAAUGGGGAAAAAACCAGGACAAGAGAAAAAUACCUAACUGUAUAUGAGCAGCCCAUUGAGUGCACCAAAAUUGGGGAAAGCUACAUAUGGCUGCUUCCCCCUCUCAUACAAAAUUUCCCCACAAUACCUUCACCCUUCCUUAAAGCUUUCAAAUAUUGAUUUUCUUCUUCUUUUUCUUCUUUUUGGCUUUCUUUCUUGGUAGGUGAUGAGCAGUUUUUAUGUACAGGAGAAAUGGGUUUGCAUACGUUCUCAACAGUAAUGUGUUCAUUGUCGUUCCUUCCUCCACACAGACACCCCCCCCAGUUUAGUUUUUAUUGCUGCAGAAAGCAAGGUGUGCAUCUGUUUCGUAGUGAUGGUGGUGGGCCAGCCGCCUGUUGAUUCAUACCUGCAGGGGAAGUCUUUCUCCUACAGGCCUUUUGAAUGCAUGAUCUCUAACACUGUACACAUCAGGGCCAUGCUGUUAGUAUCUGCUCACAGUUUCAUCCAGAAGGAGAAACAAAGCAGAACCUGUAGAAAUGGGAAGUUCGAACAUUCCUUUACCUUCUAAGAGCUAGUGGUCAUGAGCUUAUGGGGUGGAAGCAGCGUCCUUUUGAUACUGACCAUUUGAGAAAGACGUUCUUUACUUGACACAUUUCUGCCAAACGUUGAAGGGUACAAAAAUGAAUGAAAGAAUAAGCAUGCAGGAGAUAGAUCGGUGUUUGGAACAUGCGCAGCAGGCGACCCGGCUGGUGCCAUUUGGCCCACUGGAGGAUCACUAGUUAAAGGUUACACUUUUAUAGGACUGUGUGCUUGCAGAGCCCUGUGUGGCUCAAUCCAGGCAUUAACAAGAAAUGGUUGAAAUAAGCAUAUAAAGAGGAUACAUGUUAUUCCUAUUCCUCUCUCUCUGAACCCAUCUGCGGAGCAACUCUGGAGAGGACAACACCUUCUGCAAGGGAUGCCUCUUCAGACUGCCUGAUAGACCACCGAGGAGGUAGGACGAGCACACUCCCCUCCUCACAUGCACAUUUCAGCCCUUUUUGUGAUCGGCAGGUAGGGCUUCGCUCUGCAUGCCAACCUACACUCCUUGAUCCAAGGAGUAAGUCCUAAUCGACAUGUCCCUAUUUCAGAUGCAUGUGUACAUUCCAAAUGCUGCCACUGGACUU